CUUUAAGUCGUCCGGAUAGUUUGUGUGUCUGAAGAUUUGGUCUUUAAUUCAGUUUGACUUUAAUUCUUGAGACGUGUUCGCGGUUCAUGUCACGGAUAGAAAAAACUGAAGUAAACAGCUGAUUUCAGGAUGGACCUGUCAUCCUUCCUUCAGGACCUUAGUCUCUCCUUGACAGAGAAACCCCUCCCCCUAUGCUCUCAUCCUCCAAUCACAGAGCUGCUGGAUGGUCUACGGGAGCACCUGACUGGUGCAACUGAUGCAGAACUCUGUGCUCUGAUUGACCGAGUAGAACGCUUCUUCCUCAUGGGUGAUCCUCAUUGGCUCUUCUGCCCUCCCCCAGCCAAUCAGGGAGCAGAGCAGCAGCAGGAGGUGGGUUCUGAGGGUGGAUGGGCAGAGCUGCAGGGAGCGUAUGUCGCUCUGGUCGACGCUCUGGCUCGCUGUGCUGCUCUGCCGCUCUGUCACGAGGACAGUGGCUCGCUGCCCACCGCUGAUUAUAAGACCAUCCCUGAACGUGUCAUUGCAUUGAGCUCCGCCCUUAAAGCACUGCUGGAAGCUCUGGCAGAGCGUGAGCGAGGAUGCGGAGCUGACAGAGAGCAGCAGCACAAGCUGCUACUGGCUGUGGCGCCGCAGAUCUGCGUGUUCGCCGUGACACAUGAUCAGGUUCAGAACUGGACCAAUCAGAAGUCCAGACAGGCAGCACAAAGCCUGCAGGGGGCGCUGCUGUGGGCGGGCCACUGGAGAGACUCCGCCCACUUACUCAUUGGAGAUGAGAGACGGGAAGAGGAGGGAGGACAGGAGAAGAUCCAAGGAAUUCUGGGAGGAAUUUUGGACAUUCUGCAGCCACAGCUCACCAAGGACACAUGGUGGCACUGUGAAGCAGUGAAGCUGGUUUUCGCCUGGACUCUCCUCCAGGUGACACGCCCCUCUCUUUCCUCUCACCUGCCCCGCCUCCUCCCACCUGCUCUUCUCCUCAAUGACCAUUACAGACGGGAGAACUGCAUGCUGGGAAUUCGCUGUUUGCAUCACAUCGUUGUGAACACGGCUGCGGCAGAGCUUCGCCAGUUGAACAGAGCUUCAGUUGUUUAUGAAGCUUUGUUCAAACAUCUCUACACCACAGACGCUGCUGUCAUUCAGCUCACUCUGUCUUCUUUGUUGGACAUUCUGCUGGUGUUGGAGAAACCUCCUCUCUCACUCAGCCCCGCCUCCUGUCGCAGGAGGCCCUGUCGCCAUGACGACGUGUUGCGUCUCAUUCUGACCCACAUGGAGGCUGAGCACAAGGUGGAGCUGCGGAGAGUCUAUGCCGUCGCGCUGCCUCAGUACAUCCAUAGGAUGGGCGUGGCCGUGUGCCGACACCUGAAGCGACUGGAGCGGGUUGUGCUGAGAUACCUGGAGGUGGAAGAUCCACCUGAGGAGCACAACCGCCUGAAAGUCCUGGAGGUGCUGCAGGAAACCCUGAUCACUGCCUGGCCACGGUAA